CAAUUACGAACUCACAAAGGGUCCUCUUUAAACCCUUUCCUUCCCGCAAAACCCUUCUUUCCUCCCCAGCAUUGUCCAAUCUACAUAACUCUAUUUUGAUCGAAAAUGGCGCUUUUACGAUCCAAUGCUAUUCGAAAUUUAUCAAAAUUGUCUCGGAUUCAACAACAUUCCUUUGCUCUGGGAAGCUCAAGAAGUUACUCUAAUGCUGUUAUCAGUGGGCCUCAAGGUAACUCCUGCAGCUCAAAUUCUUUUUCAUACAAGAGUCAUAACUAUCCACUGAUUUGUGGCAGAGCAGGGGUGCUUCGUUCUUCGAUGGCUGCUGAGUUGUCAGUGUUUUUAUGUGAAGCUAGGUCAUUGUCAACAAAAGCAAAAGCCCCUCCUCAAGGACGGGCAAUGGGGACCAUGCAAGUCACCAUGCUCAGCCCUGGAUUUAUCUAUGAACCAUAUGCGCCUCGCGAACCAAUCUCUUUCUUGAAAAGAUGGUUCACUAGAAGUGGAUGGGGAAGAACAAAGGAAGACAUGAUCAUAGAGCUCAAAAGCGCCUAUGCUAUUUCCAAAUUGAGGAAAUUUGGGUAUUCAAAACAGGGGUUCUAUAAAGAGGCUUUUGAAAUAUUUAAAGAGAUAAAUACUUCCCUGGCACAUGGUGAUAAAACUUCAUUGAGGAAAUUAGUUACGGACAAAACGUUCUCAGUCCUGAAAAAUGAUAUUAAAAACAGAGAAACUAUGUGGAGCACAGUCUACUGGGAAUUGAUUGAGCCAGCAGUUAAAAUUCGAACUCUGCGAGCUAGACUGAUUGGUGUUGACCGCAACGACCUUAAAAAAGUUUUCAUACAGCUCACUCUUGAGUUUCUUACAAAGCAGAAGUUUGAGGCUUACAAUUCUGAAGGCACUGCUGUUGCUGGAGAUAAAAAUAAAGAGAUACUUGUUCGCGAUAUAUGGGUAUUUGAGAAAUCUCUCUUUCACCCUGGAGCAUAUUGGCGCCUCUGUGGACGAAUUCUCCUUUAGAAGAUAUUACUAGUUUGACUCGAUUGUAAUGUCAUAUACAAUACAGUUGCAAGGCAAAUUUGCUGCUGCACAAAAUUUUGUAAGUUGAACAUGUGUUGUCAUUCUAGCUUGAUGUGGGUUUCAGGCAAAAGUUAAUCCUGUUCUCGUCAGUCGUCAAUAGUAUUUCCAUCCAAGUUGUAUAAAUUAUGGAUAUGUGAUUUAUUCUAGUGGUUUAAAAUUUCUCA